GGGAAUUUGGAAAAGAAAAGAAAGAAUCUAAAAGAAGAGACGAGACUGGUGCUUUUGAGGGUGCCUAAUUUUAAAAACGGCAUCUAGGAGGAUUUCGCUCUGGGUGUUUGGAACAACUUCGCGGACAGCGGUGCUCGCCCAUCAUGGACGUUCCAGGUCCGCUGGCGCCUUCUUUCUGAGAACCCCUUUGGCCUUGAGCAGGAAAGCAGGGGACCCAGGCCAGAGGAGGCUACUUCUGCCCCCGCGCGAUCCUUGGCGCUCUUCCCGCCCACGCCUGCCUCCGCCCUGCGCGCCGCCCCCCCAGCCCAGAUGCCGGCGCCCGGCCGGGGCCCCCGGGGGCCGCGGCUGACCAUGCCCGGGCGCCGGGGGGCGCUGCGCGAGCCGGCCGACUGCGGCUCCUGCCUGGGGGCGGCGCUGGCCUUGUUGCUGCUGCUGCUGCCAGCCUGCUGCCCCGUGCGGGCGCAGAACGACACCGAGCCGAUCGUGCUCGAGGGCAAGUGCCUGGUGGUGUGCGACUCGAGCCCGUCGGCGGAUGGCGCGGUCACCUCCUCCCUGGGCAUCUCUGUGCGCUCCGGCAGCGCCAAGGUGGCCUUCUCCGCCACUCGGAGCACCAACCACGAGCCGUCGGAGAUGAGCAACCGCACCAUGACCAUCUACUUCGACCAGGUCUUAGUAAAUAUCGGCAACCAUUUUGAUCUUGCCUCCAGUAUAUUCGUAGCUCCGCGAAAAGGGAUCUAUAGCUUCAGCUUCCAUGUGGUCAAAGUGUACAACAGGCAAACCAUCCAGGUCAGUUUAAUGCAGAAUGGUUACCCAGUGAUCUCAGCGUUUGCAGGAGACCAGGAUGUUACCAGAGAAGCGGCCAGCAAUGGAGUCCUGCUACUCAUGGAAAGGGAGGACAAAGUGCACCUCAAACUGGAGAGGGGCAACCUUAUGGGGGGCUGGAAGUACUCCACGUUCUCGGGCUUCUUGGUUUUUCCUCUAUAGACUCAGCCCCUGGACGAUUGGGAAGUUGCAAUCUGGACGCAGGAAUCCACCCUUCAUGACACCCUACUCUUGCCAGAAUAGGACAACUCAUCUCCAGCUUCUGUCGGACUGUUGCGGUCCAAGAAUGAUUUCCUUCUAAAUCUCCAGUAUUUUCUUUGAAUAUUGACAAUUCCUCGGGAACCUGGCCUCUAAUUAGUUUUAGAAGACAAGGUCUUAAGGAGAAAUGAAAUUAUCGAUCUGAGCAGUUUGUACCUGUGAUUGUAAAGUCGAUAUUGGAUUUUAUUGUUGGGACCACUGACUCGCCUUCUUUGUAUGUUAUGUCAAUGUCCGGGUGGCAGGAGCCCUGCUGAGGACCAGGACCGACUGCAGGUUGCAGUCAGGGCUCGGAGCAAGAGCCUGGCAAGAACCACCCACGGGACAGUCCUUGACCUGUGUUCCCUGUGUGUCUGUAGAGCCUUAAGAGAAAGAAUGGCUUCGCCCUGGUUCUGUACCUUUCCCCUGGGCGGCUGGGAGGGGGUGGGGCAUUGCGAACCUGUCAGGAAGUGCUUUAUCCAGAGGAGCCAAGUGUGCACGACUGGACUGCCACUUUUGUUUUGUAUUGUUUGUAUUUUCUUGAGAAGCUUUACUUUUCUUUGCGCACUGGGCUCUCCGUCCCUACCCCACUUUAAGCUUCUGUGCUGGGGUUGGGGAGGAGGGAGAAAAUGUAUGCUGAGUUUAUGGAUGAGAUCAAACAAAACAAAACAAAACCUGUCUAUUUUGUUUUGAAUGAGACCACACCAAACCAAAAGUAUCUAUCUAUCAAAGUAAUGAGCAAACGGACAAUUCCGCUUAUUUUUCCAAGAGAUUCUCUCAGAUACAUCUUUAGCACUUGCAACCUGGAUUUUGUUUUAUUUUUUAAUUUACACUCGGAAUCCUUUAAGAACCUGGCCUUCCUGUGUGGGUCGAAACUGUGCUACGUGUGGAGCUGAGAUGACCAGGUCCCCUGAGCACCGUUUUCAUGGAGUGUUUUACCUUGUUUGGAUCCAUCUGGGAAUAAGUGCUCAGUGAUCAGGUGCCGCAAAGAAAACAGGACGCCCCAGCCCCUCUUCCUCCGGAUCUUCCUUUAAUCCGCCAAGGACAGGUCUUGUUGACACUGGGGCAGGCACCUGGCAGGAAACCACUGGGAAGCCACAGCAACUAAAGGUAUUGGCCAAAGCAGCUGGGGGCGGGAGCGGUUUCACACAUGCUUCAUGUGCAAGGCUGUUAUUAAGACACAGCUGAGAGAUGAUGGGCGCAGGGCUCCUAUGCCAAGGAAGUGUCACUGAUCCCAAAGCAAUCAAAUAUGAGACCUCAAACAGGAUGUUAAUUUGUUCUUUGUGUAACAGUGUAACCAAAAUAUUGAUAAAGCUCACAUUUUAAGAUUCAGAAUAAAUGGGUUUGAUGUCUGGCUUGCUCUAAUCCCUCCACAUCGUAUUCCAACUGUCAAAAAUAACUGGGGAAGUAAAGGCCAGGUGUCAAGAACUUGGGGACUUUAAAUCCAUACGGUGCCUCUUUAAAAAGUACGCACACAAACACGCACCCGUGUCUGCAGACACAGCUGUGGGUCUGGAUGAUACUGCAUACUUAAGUACAUUCAAUUUUUACUUAUUUUGUUUCAAAUGGGAAGAGUUUGGGGAGAAACAUAGAAAAGAUAGCAUUAAGAAGGUUUUAUGGUAGAUCCUCUGCUUCCAUCACACAAUCGCGGAAGUCGUCCAAGAACCAAUCCAACAUUGCAAUCAGUGACAGCUAAUUUAAUAAAAGACAGCAACUUUGGAAGUCACAGGAGUCCUUUCCAGACUGUGUGAGGGUGGUAGGCCUCGGGUUUCCAGUACAUGCAGGGGGACUUAAGCAAAGAGGUUUGACCGAGGGUCUGUUUCACUGCCCUUAAUUGAAGAACACAGAAAAAUGCAGAAUUCGAUUUGAGUUAAAAGUCUGUGAGGAAAUGAAUAAACCAGAAGUCCUGUCGAGUGCUUUGUUUCUGGGAGUAGGAGACAUACUUCUCAGAGUGGACAUUGUUUAUUAAUGCUGGUGAACAGAAAUAGAAGGCAACUGGAGUGUGUGCCCUCUGUGUCUUGUUGUUUGAAUCCUGUUUCACUCAUUUCCUUAACUUUGUGUUCAGUCUAAAACAGGAAACCUCACUAGAGGACAAUAUGAGUACUUGUUACUUUUAUCCCUUAAUAUAUAAUACAUGUAUUUGUAUUUAUACCUUUAUUACAUACCGGUUGUUAUUGGGUUAUAUUGUCUAAUAAAUAAGUUAUUAAUUGACCAAUCUAAAACUAAGCCUAUUUCAGGAGCUUAUUUCAGGUGAGGAAAGCAACUUCUUGCAGUCCCGCCUCUUUCCACCUCUUUCCUUUGCUUUCUUGAUUGGGAUGCUGGCAGGGACCUGAGAAGAGGCCCUGCUGAGAGAGAGCUUCUCUGAAGUUGUCCACCAUCUACCCAGGCAUCUGCCAAAGCUGGAUUUGGCUGAGGAUCCUGAGAGACACGGAGCUCCCUGUUACGGGCUACAAAUGUGUAGGUCGGAUCAAAAACCAAAAUGCAUUUUCCUUUUAUUGGAAAAAAGAGAUGUGUAGCAUGCCGAGGCGGGUCUUGGCAGCCCUCGCAUGGAGCCUGGGUUUUCUUGUCUGCAGAGUGAGGUCGUGACCCCGCAUGGUCGGUCACCCCAUCAGGCUGUUGUGAGGGUCCCCGAGAACUGGGUAACAUGGGUGCUAUUGUGGCAAGAGCAUUACUGGAAAGACAGAUUUUUCAACAUACAAUUUGUGAAAAUCAUUUAAAAUGAAUAUCUGACAGGAGGGCAAUUGUACAUGAAGGCAAAUUUCCAUGUUUCUCAAUAGACUAUUAAAACUGCAGUACUAUAUUGAGGGUUCCAUUAUUUCGAUUUUUUAGGGAUGAUGAUAAUAUCACAAUGCAUACAUUUUAAUUUAAUUUUACUCUCAGCUGUGUUCUUUAGCUAUCCUGUGAGGUUCCUGUUAAUCUUUAUGUUCCAGUAUGUUCUGCCCAUAUUUCAGAAAAAUACACAAAUGUAACAUUUAUGAUAUGAAUUAAAAAAACAUAAUUUGAUUAAUAUAGUAAAUAUUAUGGCAUUUUAAUAUUAAAUUGCUUAAGUUGACAAAUGUUAGUUGUACUAAAUUGUCCAUGCCCUUAGUGAAAUACCUUUUUCUUCACUUAACUUAUAUUCCAAUUUGAAACACAGCCCCAGUGAUUCAACACCAGGUCCUGAGAAACUAUUUUUGCCAUCUGUAAUUCCUGAGCUAUUUUUGCACCCUAAUAUUUUUGAUAUAUGUGUUUAUGUGCAAGUGAAAUUAUCUACAUUUCCACAAUGUGUGCUUUCUAGGGCUGCUCAGAAUAAAGGUGAUAAAAACCUACUGAACAUUAGCAUGAAAAUUCAUGGAACCCUGUAGAGAUGACAUAGAUUUACUUGUUUAAAAAAUUAGCUAAAUCUAGUUAUAUUGAGACUCAGAAAAAAAUAGAACAUACAUAUAAAGCAAAACAAAACCUUUGCUGAAUAUUUUAUUUUACUUGUGGUAUUUUCUUGUUAUCAAGGAAAUUACAGUGGGCAUAUACAUAGCAACUAUUACAUUCAUAUUGCUGACCUGUGAAUACAGUAACAUAUAUACCUGAUCUUUUAACAUGGUAAUAUAAUAAAAAUUACAUGGACCGGCUACAUUCUCCUGGAAUCUGGGAAGAUGUAAGAGGAAAAUUUGAUGAAUCACUUUCUGUAAGCAAAGCAAAGGCAGAGUCUGCUCCUUCGUGGGCUUCAGUUGCACCGAAAGGAGCAAAGACUGUUCUAUCAAUCUCUGUGCCCACAGCUUGCAUCUUUUAUAAAGGAACAAAUGUUGUAAGAAGAUAACAUUGCUGUGAAUAAAAUAGUCAAUGUUUGUUUAUAUUUCUAUGGUAUAAGAAGUGUAUAAUAAUCAAAUGCAUAAAUGCACAUGGUCGAAGGAAUUCUUUUACAUUAUUUUUAUGAUGGAGUAAAUAAAUGGG